GCUCCUUCCGCGCGCGCCGGGUCUACGAUUGGCGGGCGCCUGGCGGGCCGGGGCUGGCGCCAAUUCGAAGAGCGGGAGCGCAGCGGCAGCUAGUCCCGUCCCGCCAUGCCCGCCGCGCCCGAGCAGCAGAGCCCGGCGCCCCUGCCGCAAGGGGAGCUGCAGUACCUGGGGCAGGUCGAGCACAUCCUGCAGCGCGGCCACCGGAAGGAGGAUCGGACCGGGACCGGCACCAUCUCCGUGUUCGGGCUGCAGGCGCGGUACAGCUUGAGAGAUCAGUUUCCUUUGCUGACGACAAAACAAGUGUUCUGGAAGGGAGUGCUGGAAGAGCUGCUAUGGUUUAUCAAGGGUUCAACAAAUGCUAGAGAGCUCUCUGCAAAAGGAGUGAAGAUUUGGGAUGCCAAUGGAUCACGUGAAUUCCUGGAUAAACAAGGUUUCACUGACAGAACAGAAGGGGAUUUGGGACCAGUGUAUGGUUUCCAGUGGAGACACUUUGGAGCUGAAUACAAAGAUAUGAAUACAGAUUAUUCAGGCCAAGGAGUGGACCAGCUGCAGAAUGUAAUCGACACAAUCAAAAACAAUCCAGAUGACAGAAGAAUCAUCAUGUGUGCUUGGAAUCCCAAAGAUAUUUCACUAAUGGCUUUGCCUCCAUGCCACGCUCUGUGCCAGUUUUAUGUUCUAAAUGGUGAAUUGUCUUGCCAGUUGUAUCAAAGAUCUGGAGACAUGGGACUGGGGGUGCCUUUCAAUAUUGCCAGUUAUUCACUGCUCACAUAUAUGAUUGCCCAUGUCACAGGCCUGAAGCCUGGUGAAUUCAUACACACACUAGGAGAUGCUCAUAUAUAUCUGAACCAUGUUGAACCUUUGAAAAUUCAACUUCAGAGGGAACCACGUCCUUUCCCAAAACUCAAAAUUCUUCGUAAAAUUGAAAACAUCAGUGACUUCAAAGCAGAUGACUUUCAGAUUGAAGACUAUAACCCCCAUCCAGCUAUUAAAAUGGAGAUGGCUGUUUAAUGCACUUAACUUUUUAAACAUGAUAGGAGUCUGUUUCAUAAGUAUGUUACCUUCUCUGUACUUAAAGCUCAAUCUGGUGCUUUUAAAUGUUGCUAAAACAGUUAAAUAACUGCUUCUGAACAGUCUGUGGUCUAGAGCAGGACCUCUUUCAAAGUUAACAGUUGUGAAGUAUCUUUAAUGGGAAAUGGGUUGCCUUCCUGCAGGUGUCAUUGAACCAAAUCUUGCUGUAAAAAAAACAACAAAACUCGGGGUUGUAUAUUUUUACUGUCUAUAAAUCAUUGAGGGAUUGGCUGGAGCCCCCCUAAGUUGUUACUGGGUUUAAGUUAAUAUUUCAAGCUUUUCCGUGCUCUGCACUGUAGCCUGAGCAGUGAUAAGUGUUUAGUUUCAUUCUGUAUUAGUUACUUACCCUUAUGUAUUAGUAGUAAGUAUUUAAACAAAACACUUGUUACAGCAGGAUUUUUUUAAGCUUGGAAAGUGGUAGUAAGAAUGUUUAAUAAACUUGUAUAAAUAUUUUUAAUAGUGUUUGGGAAGUGUGUUGUAUCUUUAAGGUCUAGUACUGAAUUUGUGCUUGUAACACUAAUACAAGUAGAGCAAGAUAACUUUCAGAGGAUUUUGAGAUUUCAAAGGUUUGGCAUUGUUCAAUUUCAGACCAAAAAUCAAAGCAUUAACUCUCCUAAUUGGAGUGGGGGCUGUGGAAGUUCUGACUCACAGGCAGGGUACUUGGUGGAC